ACAUCGUUUAUCUGCAUCCACGUGCUAGAAAAUAAGGUUAUGUUACGCGUGACGAAGGUAACAAAUACAUACUGGGUUAUUAUUUCGGAAUUUAUUACAAUGAAUUUUAAUCUUUAAAUGUUUAUAACUGUUUUAUGAUUGUUAAUAAUGGCAUACCCAAAUAAACGGUAAAGCAGUUUGCUAAAUUUAUUUGAUAAAAUACUAUAAUUACAUCUAUAUUACAAUUUUUAAAAACUGUAAAAGUACAUAUUUUAAAACCAAUAUUGUUCAUUUAUGAAUAAACAUUAACAAUAAUAAUCAAACUGGUAACUUUUAAUUAUCUAAAACCAUAAAGGCUUUCAACAUUUUUAAAUCAUGACUCGAUAUGCAAGAGCUAAAGGUUCAAAAGCUUCAAAUGAAAAAAUACCCAAUGAAGCUACACCAUGGCAUGUAAUGAAACAACAAUUAAUUGAAAAUUUAUCAAAAAAACAAGAAUCUACUGGAGAAACAAAAACUGUUAAAGAAUUGCUGGGUGACACACAAAAUACAACUACUACUAAUAAUGUUGAAAAUGCUAAUAGUUCAUGGGCAGAAUUUCCAAACAAUUCUGAAAUAAAACAUAAUGUAAUGAUGCAAAAAGUACAGAAAAAGCAGAAGACUAUUAGCAAAGAUAACCCUGUAGGAGAAAUAAAAAGUAAGGAACACCAAGAAGAUGUAUAUCAAUAUAAUACAAAUAACAAUAAGAAAAGAAAAAAGGAUAAACGCAAUACAUUGGAAAUUAAGGAAAAUAAUAUUGAUGCAGUAAUCAAUAUGAAUGAAUCACAAAAUGAAAACAAUAUACCUUCCAAACGCCAAAAACGCAAUACAAAGAAAAGAAAUUUGAAUGAAAGUGUAUCCAAAACCACAGAAAAUGAUAAUAAUGAUAGUAUCGAACCAAAAAAUACAAAUAAUAACAAGAAUGGAAAUGAAGAAAUUAAUAAACCACAAAAAAGUUUUAAUAAAAACUUUCCAAUUAAAUCACAGAACUUUAAGAAUACUCCAAAUAAGUUUGGUAUGAAAAAGAUUAACAAUCAGAAAAGGAAGAGGAAACCACCUAAAAUUCGGGAUGAUAAGGAACACAAAAGAAGAAAACCAGACGUAGCCUCUUCAAAAAUAACCAUUAAUGGUGUGGAAUUAGAAAUUGUGAAAUUUGACGGGUUUCCAGUGAAAAAAGAAGAUGCAGAUAGACUAAGUGAUUUAAAGCAGAAAAUGAUCAUGAAAGGUAUUCCACAAAAAGAAAUAAAUGCAGCAAUGAAACUGGAAAGGAGAAAAGCUGAAAAAGCACUAGCUAGAAUUAGAAAAUGUGUAUGUUUUCAUUGUCGUAAAUCUGGACAUAAUUUAUCUGAUUGUCCUGAACUUGGAUCAGAACAAGCAGGAACUGGAAUCUGUUUUAAAUGUGGAUCAACAGAACAUACUCAUUUCGAGUGUAAAGUAGCUAAGCCAAUGGAAUUCAGAUAUGCAACUUGUUUUAUUUGUCGUGAACAAGGACACAUUGCUAAACAAUGCCCCGAUAAUCCUAAAGGAAUUUAUCCUCAAGGAGGAGCUUGUAAAAUUUGUGGAGAUGUUACACAUUUGAAGAAGGACUGUCCGGAUUUGAUUAAAGAAAAGGAAGAAAAUACCAUUACAGUAAAUACAAUUGCAAAUGGUAAUUUAGAAUCCCUAGGAGGGGACGUAAAUAGCAUAGACGAAAAAGAUAAUAAAAAGACUAAAAAAAUAGUGAAAUUUUAAUAAGCACUUAAAAUAGAAAUAAAUACACGUAUUUUUAUGUAUAAUGUAAACUUUUUGUAUAUAAUUCAAUGCUUGCUAUGUAAAUGUAAGAUUUAUUGAAAGGUACAUGUGUCCGACAUGUAUAUACAUACAUUAUCUUCAUACAUAUACUUUAACAUUAUGUAAACCACCAUCAUGAAAAAUCUGAUAUCAAAUAACAUAUAAUAAGAUUACAAUUUAUGUAUUAUCUAUUUACAUUAUAUUGGAAUUUUUAAAUCAAUUAAAACUUUUUACAUAUUAAUUGUACACUGUGAUCAUGAAAUUAUUUAUUCAUUUAAAUAAAUUUUUCUAAGUUAAAGGAAUAAAUUAUUUAUUAAACUCUAUGAUAUCAGAUUUUUUUCUCCCUAUGUACAGAGGACAAACUAUAAAGAUAUACGUAGAUAUACAAAUAUUAUCUGUACAUAGUAGUAGUUUCUUAUACAUAUAUCAGCAUCAUUUGCAAAAUUUGUAAUGUUAAUUUUAAAUUUAUAUUUCUAUAUUUAAUCUGUUAUACAAAUGACAUGUAACAAAUAGAAACAUACGAUUAAUUUUUCA